AUGAAUGAGCCAAGAGAGUUUAUCAAUACAAUCCCGUCUUAUCCAGCACAGUGUAAUGAACAAUGUACAUUAGAAACUCUAUCCUGUCAACAAAAGGCAGAGAUGAAACAGCCAUUAUUGUAUCCAUUUCCAGAAUUGAGUCAUAGUUAUCGUUUGAAUACUUCAUUACCUUCCUCUACUACUAAUAUCACUCAAUGCAAUUUAAUAGGCAAUAAAAGAAAACGAAAUCAAUACUCUAAGGAACGACAAGAUGAUAAAGAAAAGUAUAAACGAGGGGGGGUCUUGAACGAUGACGUUAAAGGGGGAGAAGAUGAAAUAAAGAAUAUACUAGCCAAUCAAACCGUCGAUCAGUUACAGAAUGAACUCGACUUUCUAACGAAUGAAUGUUCAACCAUCUUAAUCAUACUUGAUUCAUUAAGGAAUGCCUUUACGGCCAAUAUAUCGACUAAACCAUCAAGGACUGUCAAUUUUUCAUCCAUGACUACCAUCAUUAAUUUCACAGCAGAAAAUACAGCAAACGAAAGGACAUCAGCCUACCCCUUUAAGUAUCAAGAAGCAGCAACAACAACAGAAAUGAUGCAAGAUAAUAAUAAGAAAUGGUGUCAUCAAUCAAAUACGAAUGUUGAAAUGAAUCGUGAGAUGAGGAUUGCUUUUGAUGAUUUGACCCUUCAAGUGAGACAACUAGAGAAAAAAUUAGAAAGAUUAGAAGAUAAGAGUCAAAAUUUAUAUUUAGAAAUCAACACUGCUAAUCAAAGGAAAAGCAAAGAUUAA